UUUGAAACUGCAAAGGAAAAGGCCCUACAGUUUUUGGAACAAGUUAAAGUAAGCAGAGAGAUGGACAGGGAGAUACUUACAGAUGUGGCCAGAACAUCUUUGCGCACUAAAGUUCACGCGGAACUUGCAGAUGUCCUAACAGAGGCUGUGGUAGAUUCCAUUUUGGCCAUUAGGAGAAAAGAUGAACCUAUUGACCUGUUCAUGGUUGAGAUCAUGGAGAUGAAGCAUAAGUCGGAAACUGAUACAAGCUUAAUCAGGGGGCUUGUUUUGGACCAUGGGGCACGGCACCCUGAUAUGAAAAAAAGAGUGGAAAAUGCAUACAUCCUCACAUGCAAUGUCUCCUUGGAAUAUGAGAAAACAGAAGUGAACUCUGGCUUUUUCUACAAGAGUGCAGAAGAAAGAGAAAAGCUAGUAAAAGCCGAAAGGAAAUUCAUUGAAGAUAGAGUUAAAAAAAUAGUGGAACUGAAAAAGAAGGUCUGUGGUGAUUCAGAUAGAGGAUUUGUUGUUAUUAAUCAAAAGGGGAUUGAUCCCUUCUCCUUGGAUUCUCUUGCAAAAGAAGGCAUCGUAGCUCUGCGUCGGGCGAAGAGGAGAAACAUGGAGAGGCUGACUCUUGCUUGUGGUGGGGUAGCUCUCAAUUCCUUGGAUGAGCUAACUCCUGACUGUUUGGGACAUGCAGGACUGGUUUAUGAGUAUACUUUGGGAGAAGAGAAAUUCACCUUUAUUGAGAAAUGCAACAAUCCCCGCUCUGUCACAUUAUUGAUCAAAGGACCAAAUAAGCACACCCUCACUCAAAUCAAGGAUGCAAUAAGAGAUGGUUUGAGGGCUGUCAAAAAUGCUAUCGAUGAUGGCUGCGUGGUUCCAGGCGCUGGUGCAGUGGAAGUGGCAAUGGCAGAAGCACUGGUGAAACACAAGGCCAGCGUGAAGGGUCGGGCCCAGCUCGGAGUCCAGGCGUUUGCCGAUGCCUUGCUCAUCAUUCCCAAGGUCCUUGCUCAGAACUCUGGCUUUGAUCUUCAGGAAACAUUAGUUAAAGUUCAAGCGGAACAUGCCCAGUCAGGUCAACUUGUGGGUGUGGACUUGAACACAGGUGAGCCAAUGGUAGCAGCAGAAGCGGGCGUGUGGGAUAACUACUGUGUGAAGAAACAGCUGCUUCACUCCUGCACUGUGAUUGCCAGCAUUAUCCUCCUGGUCGACGAGAUCAUGCGGGCUGGAAUGUCCUCUCUCAAAGGCUGAGGGGAAGCUUCCUGUAUCAUACGAAUCCUGAAGACUGCGGAAUGAUCCUGAGGAGUAGAGUUGUGGAAUUUUUGUUCAAGCUUCAAGUGAUUUUCAGAGGAAUUUUCUUUUCCCACAUGAAAAAAAGAGAACACUUGGCAACUAUUCAAAUUAUGAUGUGGAAUUCUAACUACAGUAUUUUCUGGUUGCACUGUGUACACACGUGAAGCAGGUCCUUUGUAAUCAGAGAAGAGGUGGCUUUGCUUUAGCUGCAUUAACGUAAGGUUAAUAAUUGUUUAUUAAAUGUUCCUUGAAAAACAAUUUUAAUGGUUAAAUAAUUCCCUGUGGAUAUGUUUUAAAUUAAGCAGCAAUUCUCUGUUAAAUAUUUGAAUAAUUUAAAAAUUUGGAUGCACCUGUCACCUUAGUGUAAAUUUCUAAGUAAAAUCACUUGG